CCCACUAUAAAUUUCCAUGUUCACCGCAAAGCUCGACAUCAAAACUCAAACAAGCUGGUAAUAUGUGUCCACAACAGUUUCCCCAGACCAAGAACAUGAAGAAAGCAGAAGACAGUAGCUUAAUGAAGCUCAGGCUCAUAAUCGGCAAGCUACAAAAGGGUCUCUCACUGCUAACUGCAAGAGGCCCUCCUGAUCAUCGUUGCAGAGGCUGUGAUGAAAAACUGGAGGUAGCAGCAAUUGUACCAGAAGAUGUCAAGGAAGGACAUUUUGCAGUGUUUGCAGUUGUGGGUAAGGAGACAACGAGGUUUGUGACUAAGCUAGAGUCCUUGAAUGACCCUGCACUUAUGGAAUUGCUAGAGCAAGCCAAGGACGAGUAUGGGUUCCAACAGAAAGGUGCUCUUGAAGUUCAUUGCAGGCCUGAGGAAUUGCAUUCAAUUCUUGAAAACUGCAGGAUGGAGCAAAGUAGAUUUGAUGUUGCAUCUAAUGAUAAUUUUCUUACUGCCCUGGAAGGGUACUAGCUGGCUGGCUAGUACAUGCAAAGCAUCCUCAUGUAUGAUCGAAUUAGCUCGCUCCGAGAUUACAACCUAAUUAAAUGUAUCAAUUGUCAUGUAUGAGUUAUUCCUAUAAGACGCGUUAGUUAUUAUAUAGAAGUACUCUGUGUCGUAAUCUAAAUGCACAUUCAACGAAUGAGAUGAAUAGAUAAAAUUCAUAUUAUUUCAUUGUA